AAAGCGCGUGAAGCUGUCAGAUGAGUUCAGGAGAUCGCGCACGGGGUCCGCUCGGGAUUAUCAGGAAGCGUCCCGGUGCACCUGUAAUUUCUGGACAUUUCCACCAAAGCAAGGCGUGACGACAUCAAGGAGCCGAACUGCACGGAACCGAAUAUUUAUGAUGUUUUGCGCCGUUCUUUAUUGCAACCCUGAGAGCAGUAAUUAAUUUGACUGAUAUUUCUGAUUAGAUACACGCUGAUGACGCUCGCUGCUCGAAGCGAGACCCCAGGAGCGACACGCGUCAAAUGCAUCGCAUCUCUUUUCUGGAAAGAAUGACUCUGUUAUUGUCCUCGUGCAUUAUUGACAAACUAUGUUCCCGUUUGAGCUGCACUGACAGAAUCAAUAUUGCAUAAAGCGCAAUAUAAAUAAACGGGACUUGACUUCCACGAAUGAAAACUGAGGAGAGCGCUUUAAUUGGACUAGCUAUAAUAAACUAUGGUGGUUUGGAGCGGCGCGUCGCGUUCGUGAGCGUCGGCUGAUGAAGUUCUCCGGUUGACGGAGCGCGCAAGGAUGCCGGUAAGACGGGGGCACGUCGCGCCGCAAAACACCUUCCUCGACACGAUCAUCAGGAAAUUCGAAAGUCAAAGUAGAAAGUUCAUCAUAGCCAAUGCUCGGGUGGAGAACUGCGCCAUCAUCUUCUGUAACGAUGGCUUCUGUCACAUGUGUGGCUUCACGAGGGCUGAGAUCAUGCAGAAGCCGUGCACCUGCAGCUUCCUGUACGGCCCACACACCAAGAGGCUCUCCAUCGCACAGAUGGCACAAGCGCUGCUGGGGUCAGAAGAGAGGAAGGUGGAGAUCGUGCUCUACAGGAAGGACGGUGUGUGUUUCCUGUGUUUGGUGGACGUGGUUCCUGUCAAGAAUGAAGAUGGCGUGGUGAUCAUGUUUAUUCUGAAUUUCGAGGUCCUGCCAGACGAUAAAGUGUACGAAGCGCAGGAUCUCAAUCAUAAGCUGCCUCUGCUGUGGCGCCAUUCAAAUCGAGCUUGUGGUGUCCGUUUACGUCUGCCGCUCCUGAACUCCAGGAAUAACAGUAAAUCUUCUCUGCGGGAGGAUCCGGAGUCCGGACGAGGAGCGUGUUUCUCCAGAAGUUCUCUUCCACGAAGCCACGAAUCCCUGGCUCUGAGCGAGCUGCUGUCUCUGUCUGAACACGAGCCGUCUCGUCUGACCACACCGUCCUCGCUGCUGCCCAAAGACCAGCGCAAUCUCCUGAGCAGUGACCCCUCGUGCCCUCCUCCGGCCCCGCCUCACCCCGCCACACUUCCUCUGGGUCACUCCUCUCCUCGAACACAGCGGCUCAAUCCGGACGCCUCCGUGUCCAGCAGCAGCCUGACCAACAGCCGCUCGCGCGAGAGCUUUCACAGCAUGCGCCGCGCGUCUUCGGUGGACGAUAUCGAGGCCAUGCGGCCCGAAUGGGACCGAAAGCACCGCGCUCGACCCACCAGCAGAAGCACGGGUGCAAUGAACAACAAGUCCAGCAUCCUGAACUCUACCUCUGAUUCGGAUCUGAUGCGUUACCGCGCCAUCAGUAAAAUCCCACAGAUCACGCUCAACUUUGUGGACUUUAAACCAGACCCUCUCAUCGCCCUCCCGGCCGGAGAAAUGGACAUCAUCGCUCCCUGCAAACUCAUCGACCGCACGCACAACGUGACAGAGAAGGUCACUCAGGUGUUGUCUCUGGGUGCUGACGUCCUGCCGGAGUACAAGCUCCAGACGCCGCGCAUCCACAAGUGGACCGUGCUGCACUACAGUCCGUUCAAGGCGGUGUGGGACUGGCUGAUCCUGCUGCUGGUCAUCUACACGGCCAUCCUCACGCCGUACUCCGCCGCCUUCCUGCUCAACGGGGACGAGGACACCUCCGCCCAGAACUGCAGCUACACCUGCAGCGCGCUCAACGUGGUGGACCUCACCGUGGACAUCAUGUUCAUCAUCGACAUCAUCAUCAACUUCCGCACCACGUACGUCAACGCCAACGACGAGGUGGUCAGCCACCCGCUGCGCAUCGCCGUGCAUUACUUCAAAGGAUGGUUCCUCAUCGACAUGGUGGCGGCCAUUCCCUUCGACCUGCUCAUAGACCGCAGCGGGGAGGAGAUGAGCGCAGAGCCCACUCAGCAGACCACCCUGAUCGGGCUGCUGAAGACGGCUCGUCUCUUACGUCUGGUCCGCGUGGCUCGUAAACUGGACCGUUACUCUGAGUACGGCGCGGCCGUGCUCUUCCUGCUCAUGUGCACGUUCGCUCUGAUCGCUCAUUGGCUGGCCUGCAUCUGGUUCGCCAUCGGGAACGUGGAGCAGAACCGCUCCAUCGGCUGGCUGCACGCUCUCGGUGUGGAUCUGGGCAAACCACACAACAGCAGCAUCAGAGGAUCGGGACCCAGCAUCAAGGACAAGUACGUGACCGCGUUAUACUUCACCUUCAGCAGCCUGACCAGCGUGGGCUUCGGGAACGUGUCGCCCAACACCAACUCCGAGAAGAUCUUCUCCAUCUGUGUCAUGCUGAUCGGAUCGCUCAUGUACGCCAGCAUCUUCGGGAACGUGUCGGCCAUCAUCCAGCGGCUGUACUCGGGAACGGCUCGCUAUCACACUCAGAUGCUGCGGGUGAGAGAGUUCAUCCGCUUCCAUCAGAUUCCCAACCCGCUGCGCCAGAGACUGGAGGAAUACUUCCAACACGCCUGGUCCUACACCAACGGCAUCGACAUGAACGCCGUGCUGAAAGGUUUCCCAGAGUGUCUUCAGGCCGACAUCUGUCUGCAUCUGAACAGGACUCUGCUGCAGAACUGUAAAGCGUUCAAGGGCUCCACUAAAGGAUGUCUGCGGGCGCUGGCCAUGAAGUUUAAGACCACUCACGCCCCGCCGGGCGACACGCUGGUGCACGCCGGAGACGUCCUGACCGCCAUCUACUUCAUCUCCCGCGGCUCCAUCGAGAUCUUACGUGGAGAUGUGGUGGUGGCAAUCUUGGGGAAGAAUGAUAUAUUCGGGGAGCCCAUCAACCUGUACGCACGGCCUGGGAAAUCCAACGCAGACGUGAGGGCGCUGACGUACUGCGACCUGCACAAGAUCCACCGAGACGACGUGCUGGAGGUGCUGGACAUGUACCCCGAGUUCUCCGACCACUUCUGGAGCAACCUGGAGAUCACCUUUAACCUCCGAGACACCAACAUGAUUCCCGGAUCCCCCAGCAGCGCUGACUCAGACUGCCCCGGAUUCAACAGACUGCGCAGGAGAAAGCUUUCCUUCCGACGCCGGACAGAAAAAGACGAUGCUGAUGCUGGAGAGAUCAAGAGGAAUGAGAAACCCGCCCGGAGAGGCAGAAAGGGGUGGGAGGAGCCUCAGAACUCUGUCUCCUCCCACUCCAGUAGUGAUGAGGGGGAGGAGCCUGUGCACACAAGCCCCGCCCCUCUCACUACACUCAUGGAUGUGAUUGAAGGAGAGGGCGAUCCCAAAACAGGAAACACAUGCAACGCCCUAUCAGGUGCCUUCUCAGGUGUGUCUAAUAUCUUCAGUUUUUGGGGUGACAGUCGGGGGAGGCAGUAUCAGGAGGUGCCCCGCUGCAGUCUCCCGUCGCCCUCCGUGUAUCCCAGCAUGCAUCUGUGCAGCAUCAGCCGCCAGCAGCGCAGCCAGAUGGAGACACGACUGGAGCUGCUUCAGAAACAGCUCAACAGACUGGAGAGUCGCAUGUCUGCAGACAUCGGUGCGAUCAUGCAGCUGCUGCAGAAGCAGAUGAUGCUGGUUCCUCCGUCCUACAGCAGUGUUUCGUCUCCGCCACAGACGUCUGUGUUCCCCGAGACGCUGGUGGAGUCCAGAACACCUGCUUCUCUCUCACAGUCCUGUGAGUUUCUCAGCAGCUCGUCGGAGCACCAUCCUGCGGUCAGCAUCGCUCCUCGUCCUCAUCCUCAUCCUCAUCCUCAUCCUCAUCCUCAUCCUCAUCCUCGUCCUCAUCCUCGUCCUCAUCCUCAUCCUCAUCCUCGUCCUCGUGUGGGAUUCUCCAGCCUCGGAUCCCGGCUGGAGCUCGAUCCGGACCCAGACGUCCACCGUCGCUUCUCUCUGCAGGAGCCGCACACAUCCCUGAGCUCUGAGACGCCUCAGAAACACUAGAGACACAGAGGAGAUCACACCCUCUCAAACAAAUAAUGAUGAUCAAGUAGCCAUUAUGACCUGCACUGAAUCUCUGGAUCUUUCUCUUCACGUCUGCAGUGCUUCCAGACUGACUGAACUCGUUAGUGUUAGCUGGCCUAACAGAGGAAUAUCAUUAUAACAGUCACAAUGAGUGUGUGUCCUGUCACUGUCCUGUGUGUUGAUGAAGAAGGCGGAGCCUCAAGCCCCGCCCAAGCACACUGGAUUGGCCGGAUGGGGUGAUUGGCGGGUGUUUAAACCAAUGCCGUUCCUGAUGAAGCAUAUCAUGUGUUCUGACUCUGAAUGAAGAAUAUGCAACGAGUCGAGCGCGUCACGUCCCACUUGGCUUCGGUUCGUUUGUUUUCUAGCUUUUAUUUUGUUUUUUUAUAGUUAGAAUAUACUGUAUUAGCUUUAGCAAUACUGAGUCCUUUAAACCACAAACAAAACCAAAUAAUGUAGAUUUGGGUUCAAAUGUUUUUGUUAAUUAUUAUUUGGUACAUUUAUGAGCUUUUGAACUUGACAAUGAAUUGGUUUUGGUUUUUCAUUGAUGUGUGGAACAAUAAUAAAAAAAAAUAAUAAUUUAAAUAUGCUCUUAAAAGUGAUAAUAAACACUUCCAAUAUUAAGCAAUUUAUUUUACAUAAAUAUAAAGUUAUUAUAUUUAAUUGACUAUAAUAUUUAAUCUGUACGUGAAUCAUGACCACGAUUGUAUCGUUCAUGAAUUAUGAGUUAUGUUUUGUUAAUCCCAAAUAUUAUAUCUAAUUUAAAUUGAACUGGUAAAGUGUGUCUGUGUCAAUGUGAAGCUCUAGCAUUAAAUAACAAUCGUCACGUUUAUCUAGUUUAUAUGUUUUAUUCAUUUCAAUGUUAUUAGUGUCUCCAUAAAUUCAGUCUUUUCACCAUCAUCUCACAAUAACAUACAGAUCAGAUUUGACCAAAGUAAUAACCAAAUCUAUUAUAUAUUAUUAUAGCUCUGAUUAUUCUUAAUGAUGAUUCACUAGAUUAUAAUUCAUUAUUCAUUAUUAUGAUUUUUUUAAAGCAUUGUAAAUUAAAGCCAACAAAUACUGCUUUUAAUGUAUAAUUAUUAAGAAAUGUAUAUUUAAUUAGUUUUGAAACUCAGUAAAUAUCAAUAAUAAUACAAAAAAACUUUAAAUGAGCUCUUAAGCAUGUGAUAAUAAACACUGAAUCUCACAUAAAUACACACAAAAAAAAUAAAUAAUAUAUAUAUAUAUAUAUAUAUAUAUAUCUUCAGCUGGUUACAUAGAUCUGAAGCCAAGGGCAUCAUCUUUAAACACAGAGAACAAGAAAUGUACCAUAAUCUAUGUGAUUAUGAAACAGGCUUAAAGGACAUCUUCUUGUAUGUACAUAUUUUUCAAUCUUUUUUAUGAUUUAAUUUAUUUUGGUAAUUCGUUUACACUGGAUUGCAAUUUUCUCCUUCCCUCUUUUUUUUCUUUUUCUUUUUUUUUUUUUUUUUUUGCUGUACAUAAGGAAGUCUUGUACAGAAACGAAUUCUUGGCAUCCCUAUAGCCACAGACACUAUGCAGAAUUGCAUUUCCUCGGCAUGCUUCGAAAUGCAAAACAAAACAAAAAAAAGAGUUAUAUAUAUAUAUAUAAUACUGUAUAGGAACUCUUAAUAAGUUUAUAUAUAUAUCAUGUCAUGUUCUUCAGCGUGUGGAGGGAUGGACACAGAGACGUCUGGAAUCAUGUCGAAACGAGCUGAAGAAAUCACACAGACUCCAGAAAGUCCUGAUUGUGUUAUAAACAGUUGACUUUAUAAAGUUUGAAAAUAUUUAUUUCAAUAAACUUCUUUGAAAACAA